AUGUGUUCCAAUCUGGGCGACUUGUUCGCCUGCAUCCGGGCACAGGGAGAUUCGGAUGCGGACACCACCAGCACCACCCACCAGCGGAGUAACGCGGACGUGGACGAUGAGGCACUCGAUCCUCGAAGCGAUUUAUUUAGGCGGCAGCAAAGGAAGGGUCACCGAAAGAGGGAUGAGAAGUCCCCACGACAGGACGCAUUUCCGGCUGCGUCUCCUUCGGCCGGGUGCCAUCGACCCCCUUCGCGGAACUCACGGGUCUCCUACGAAGUUUUGGAACGCUACGAUCAAAUCUGUGGCGGUUCUCUCCAAGAGGAGCUCGGAGUUUCUAGAUUAAGCAGACACAUUCCCGAUCAGUUCUAGGCGGAGAUUAUUAUAAAUCAUUUUUUCCCCACAGCGGUGUUUAUUUAAGUAUAAACAGACAAACUUAAACAAUUGGUUAAGGUCUCCAGUUAAAUUAAAAGUUUACUUAUUCAGAAAUGCAAA